GGCCUCCCGCCGCUCCCCCCGCCGCCCUCCCGCGGGGCCCGCCGCCUCGGCUCCUCGUUUCGACCUCCCCCUCCCGGGCUCGGCCAUGGCGGACUUCGACGAGAUCUACGAAGAGGAGGAGGACGAGGAACGGGCGCUGGAGGAGCAGCUCCUCAAGUAUUCUCCCGACCCGGUGGUGGUGCGCGGCUCCGGCCAUGUCACCGUGUUUGGACUAAGCAACAAAUUUGAAGCAGAAUUUCCUUCAUCUUUAACUGGAAAGGUUGCACCCGAAGAAUUUAAAGCCAGCAUCAGUAGAGUUAACAGUUGUCUUAAGAAGAACCUCCCAGUUAAUGUACGAUGGCUACUUUGUGGAUGCCUUUGCUGCUGCUGCACUUUAGGUUGUAGUAUGUGGCCAGUUAUCUGCCUCAGUAAAAGAACACGAAGAUCGAUUGAGAAGUUAUUAGAAUGGGAAAACAAUAGGUUAUACCACAAGCUGUGCUUGCAUUGGAGACUAAGCAAAAGGAAAUGUGAAACGAAUAACAUGAUGGAAUAUGUCAUCCUUAUAGAAUUUUUACCAAAGACACCGAUUUUUCGACCAGAUUAGCAUUUGAUUUAUUUUUAAGAGACUUAUUCAAGUAUGUUGUCUUUCCAAUGGUGCCUUGCUUGGUGCUCUCCUGGUGGUGACAUAGCAUUGGUUCUACAGACUCUUGUGGUGUUUCCAUUCUUUUUUUGUUUUGUUUUUGUUUGUUCAUUUGUUUUAAUAAGAGCAUGUUCUAAGUGCAUUUGGUCAAACUCUGCAAAGUCAUUUCAUGCAAAUGUUAACUACUACUUAAGUUAUUACUUUUACUAUUUCUGUUUGUUAAUGUAUCUUGAUUUCCAGAGAGUCUUUUAUGUGUGCGCGCGUGUGUACAUAUAUUACUAUAAAUACACAGCUGAAAAUGUUCUACAAGUGAGCAGGUAUUUUUUUUACCCCAAAAUGACAAAACCGUUUGAUUGUACAUUGUGUAAGUCCUUUUGAUUAUUAGUUUAUGUGCUGAAAUACCAUCAAAGAUCUACCUAAACUUUUGUCAGUGACUAGUCAGUUGUAAAUAUUUUUUUCUUUUUGGAUAUUGGCUAGCUUCUUCAAAAAGAAGGUAAUAAAGUUCCUUUUGAAAUUGUGCUUUUUGGAACCCAUAUGCCAUUGCAUUAAUAGGAAUCUCUGUGCUUUUCAUGAAGAAGUCCUGUCAGCUGGUUCUGAAGAAGUUCUAAACUUAGAAGAAAAAAGGCAAAAUAGAAUUACUUUACUCAUAUUAGAAAACUGUUGAACGAAUUGCAUGCAUCUGAUUAGUAGAACUGAAGAUUUCAACAAUAUAUUAGUACAUAAACCAAUAUUUUAUAUUGGUUUAUAAUGUAGCAGUUUUAAUUCAGGCUAAUGCCAUGUAUCAUUUUAUUUGUAUUGUUUACCAGAUACAGUGUACAGGGGUGCAGAAGGAAUUGUUUUACUAAAAUUUUUCUCCAAGCAGACCUUUUGAACUUGUUGGGUUUUUUUUUUUUUUCAUUUUUGAUUUUAUUUUAAGCCACAUAAGCAGAAGAAAGUUAUUGGGCUAAUCUUGAGUAGUACAAUUCUGGAUAUAAAUGCAGGUGCCAUAUGUCAGAAGUUAUCAAAAUAAGGUAUGCUGGUCAGCAGUGUAAAUUUAAUUAUGUUAUAUAAUUAUGUACUGCACCCUUGCUUCUGCUCAUUGUCUGCUUUUGGUUUACAAAGCUUACUUUCUGCACAGUAUAAAGACUUUUUUUUUUAAAUUGGAUAUAUGAUGUAUGCUUGGGUCAGGCCAGUUGUAUUUCAUUUCUUCUGCUUGCAUCUUAGUUGUACAUAUCUUCACACAUAGCUUUUCUAAAUUGCUACCUAUAUUUUAAGGUUUGCUUUAUGUAUCUAAAAUUACUGUACAUGAACAUUAAUGUAAGCUAUGAAUAUCUUCCUUCUUCCUUGUACAGUUGUGGUAGCAAGCAAUAAUGUGAAUAUAUGAAAAACAGAUAUACUCUGCUUAAUAUUUGUAUGAAUGAGAAGUUGAUACCACUACAAGAGUAAUUUUCUCUUUUUAAUCUUUUAAAUACAAGUUUUAUUUCAAGGUAAUAUAUUACAGGUACCUUGAUGCUGUGAACUAUUUUUCUAUGUCUUCAAAAUAUUUAUUCUCAGUAAAAUAUUCUCCAGUGAGUAUUAUGUUCCUAAAUGUUUGAUAGUGGGAGUGGUCUAGGAAGUUUUAAGUUUUCUUAAAUUCAUAUCCCUGUAUCAGCUCCCUAAAACCAUCCAUUGCUCAGCUUUUGUGUGUGAAUUCCUGCUGUUUACUUUGGAAAUAGCUCAGCUGUGCUUUUCAUACAGCCUACAAGUGUUUCUUUGAUUUGACUGAAGAUGACUUUUUUCAUCAACAAGUAUCACUUUUGUGCUGUCUAGGUCUUCUGGGGCCCGCAAUGGUUUCUCUCCAAAGAAACUAGUUUCAAUGUUCGUUUCUAUUUUCAUUUAAAAUCAGUUACAGCCUCUUCUUUAAUACAAAUCUGGUCUGCAGCACUCUUCACACCCAGAAGUAUUGUUGUAAUCUUGGACCAAUUUCAGCCUGUGAAGGAGGACAGAAGCUUAAAGUUGAUGGCAGCUGAGGUUCUGGAGGUUGGGAGUUGCAGGGAAGAGGUUGAAAAUGAACUGAAAUAAUAACUAGUGUUUAUUAUUGGUGACCAGAAAUGCAUAUUGAUUUCUCAAAGUCUCAGUUUUCAAUAAAACGAAUUUUGAAUAUGCCAUGCCUAGAUUUUAAUAUCAAUGUUCUCAGCUGACAGUGCAGGCAGAUCUAUUGCGUGGAUGCAGGUUUUUACUGGUAGUUCUUUAGUUCAGAGGUGUAAGCUGGCAAUGGCUUAUGGUAAUACACUCAUAGCAGUAGUGAGCUUAGUGUCAGCCAGUGACCUUAGUUUGCUUCCCAAGCUUCCCAUACUAUAUUCUGUGACACUGUGACUACCUUGUCAAACCUUCUGAUUUUUAAAGCUACUUCGAGAUUGAUAUGUGCUGAAACAAGUGCAGCAAAUGCAGUCUGACUUUAAGAUUUGCAGAGAACAUCUUGUUAGUAAAAAUACUACAUAAGUAGUAAUGCUUUCUAAGAACUCAUCUAUUUUAGGUUCAUCUGCUGUUAGGUAUUUCUGUAUUUUUCCCUAUCACUUACUCUCUGAGAAUUCUAUUUGUAGAGGGUCCAAAGUAGGGCUUUGAGCAAAUAAUAGCCUAAACCCCACAGUAAGGUGGUAGACUAGUUGCCUUUUAAAACAUUUCUUAUCUUAUUAUUAUCUCUGACCGAGCACACUACCCAGAAAACUUGAAAAAGUGUAUUUGUAUAUCAAUGAGUUUAGCUCAAAAGCAUUACUCCUUCUUGAGGUAGUACACUUGUCUAGUAAGAAUGUUACCAAGCAUUUUACCACAAUCCCUUUCCAUUGAGUAAUUAUAGUAACAAAAAUUGAACUGAAGAAAAACUUCAGUAAAUCUCCUACUUGAAGCCUGCAGCAGUCAACAGGAUUUUUCUUUGUUUUUUUUUUUCUGAAGUAUUGAGAUUUUGUUAUUUUGUAUGCCAGUAAGAAUACAUACAUUACCUUGUUUUUGUCCAAUUGACCAGGGUUGAAAUUGUUUGAGCAGUUCAGAAGCUGUAGUAGAACUUGUAAGACAUAGGCUGUUCUUUGCUAAAAUAAUUAUUACAUUAGAGUAACCUAUUCAGCUUCUAGUAACUCAGCAAUUCCUACAGAUCUUGUCUAUUCCCAAUUUUCUUGAAUAGUGAAAUUUAGAUAGCCUCUUGAUAUUAAUCAUUUAACAAAAGAUUGUUGCUAAUUAUGUCUGUUUCACCUUUAGCCUGAAUAACUACUGGUAGAGGCAUCAUUGACUCUCUGUCAAAGCUAAUUAUUGUUUGUAGGUAUAGUGGCCUUCAGCUAGUCAUUUAAGAGUUAUUCUGUAACAUAAUAUUAAAAAAUAUAUUUUUAUUCUUUUAAUGAUAGCUAGAAAUAAGUUUUGAGGCAGAAGGGCUUUCUUUCUGACCAUAUAUAAGAAUUCUGUAGAGUUUAUCUCUUAAUAAAUAAUUAUAAUGUGAAGUUUAAAUCAAGAUUAGCAAAUUUCACCAGAAAUUAAAAUGUUUGGGAAUAAGUUACAUUGUGUAAUAGUUUUAAUACACUGUGUAUGCAAAUCCAAAAACAUCUGUAGUAAAUAAAAAAAAUGUCCUACAGUACACAAAAUCAGGUGAGGUAUAUUAUAAGAACUUAUUUACAGUACUAAGACAUAAGCUAAGUCUGGAAAUUCAUUUGUUAAGUGACACUUUUAUUUUGUAACUGUCAAGACCACGUGCUGAAAAAAUACAUAUUUUUGAGUUGCGUGCUUACUUAAAAGUCAGUUUUCUUUUUUCUUUUUAAAGUCAUUACCCAGCCCUGAACAUUGCAGGGGAGAGCUUUAAAAUGCAAUCUGUAACUGCUUGGAAGGCAGAAGUCAAAGGGAAAGAACUUGUCUUCAUUCCCUCCUCCCAGCCCCUCCCAUCCCGGAAUCUUAAUUUUAAAUCAGUCCCCCUGUUUUGGGAGCCCUAGCAUAUAGUUUUUGAGCAGCUGGCAAUAAUGCAGUUUGUCCACCAAAAAAACCACCGAAUGAAUUCUGAAUAAUUUAGAGAUCACUUUAAUUGAAGAGGAAAAGAUUUGUUAUGCAAAGAAGAUUCCUGGUUCUUUUAAGUUCUUUAACCACUGCUGUUGGGUAAUUAAAAGAAGGAUCAUGGUGACCCUACAUUUGGUCAAAAUCUAGAUGAUUUUGUGUAAAGGAAAUGCUCAAUUAGAGAGGUCUCAGAGCCCUGGAUCUCUGGAUUCACAGUAGCGACUUACUAAUGAAGGGUAAGAGGAGCUGGCUACUUUGUACCCAUGACUAAAAUAAUUUGUUGUUCUUCAGCUACCUUGCUUACAAAAACAAAGCAUUUUAAAAAUGCAGUCUGUAUUUGUCACCACUAAUUUGCUGUAAUUUCUGUGCUGCUUCUUCCUAAAGCCACAUUGCAUUUCCGUUACGAUCAACUAAGUGUAAUGGUGGUUAUAAUGCCUUUAAUAGCCAUAUUGUAGGUAGAAAUAUUAACUACUCAGGGACUUAUAGGAAAUAGGAAAAUGGAGUUUAUGAGUUGAAUGCCUAACUGCAUGAAGGCUUACUUGCAAACGGCACCCCAGAAAACUUCUGAUUGUAUUAUGCAUGACCAUUGUGAAUGUUACCAAUAUAUGGCAAUGAGAGCUCUAUUUACCCUGUAUUACUAGGCUGCUGAAUGUCAAAGUAUGUUGAAUAAGGAUAAAUGAACUUUUUUUUUUGCUGAUUUGGACAGAGUGAUUAUUUCUAACGGUGCUACCUUCUUCGUUACUGUGUUUGUUCCUUGUAUCAAGUUCUCUCUUCAGGUUGGAUGAAUCAGGAGGUGCUGGUAAUGAGGAAACUCUGUUAUUCCUAGGGAAGUAGAAACAUUUCAAGGAGAGGAGUACUGGAAAGCAAUGCUUUCACUGA